GCGCGUUAUAUUUUUGCAUUAUUGUACUCUUUCUCUUGCUCCUUGGCUAUUGCUACUUUAUUAAUAUUUUAUCCCACACAAACUUUCCAUCCAUCUAUUUCGAUUUCUCUUUCCAACUCACAUACAUAAUAAUAAUAACAGGUUCUUAAUGACUAUGACAACGAAUUCCAGCACACAUACGAACCAGGAAGGAAAGCGCGUUGUUUUGAUAACUGGUUGCUCGGCGGGCAGCAUCGGACACUCCUUGGCGCUCGAGUUUGCCAACCAAGGGUGCAGGGUGUUUGCGUCAUCACGCGAUACGAGCAAAAUCGACAGCAGCCUGGUCGAGAAGGGCAUAGAGGCUGUCGAGCUGGACGUAACCAGCACCCAAUCUGUCGAAGCGGCCGUGGCCAAGGUGAUAACCGAGGCUGGAUACAUCGACGUACUUGUAAACAACGCCGGCCAGAUGUGCGUCGGGCCUGUGGUUGAAGUAGACAUUGACAGAGUUCAGCAGAUCUUAGACGUCAACGUUAUGGGUGCCGCGCGAGUGUGCCAAGUUGUAGCCCCACACAUGAUGGACCGUCGGCAGGGUACUAUUGUCAAUGUCGGCUCGGUCAGCGGCUACGUGGCGACGCCGUGGGUCGGAUACUACGCUGCGUCCAAGGCUGCGCUGCACGCAAUGUCGGACUCGCUUCGCGUCGAGAUGCAGCCGUUCAACGUCAAUGUCGUUGUCGUGGCGCCGGGCUCUGUAAAGUCCAACCUGGUCGACGCGCAGAGCGAGGUGCAGCUGCUAUGCGAGGAUUCGCGUUACAUUCGGGCAAUAGACUCAGUUCGCGCAAGAGCUGUGCUUUCGCAGACGGUCAACUCGACGCCGACUGCGGAGUUUGCUCGCUGCGUGGUCCCACAGUUACUGAUGCGCAAACCCAGAGCAUAUGUGACCUUUGGCGGCAAUGCCACUUUUAUUUGGCUGCUCUAUUUUAUGCCGGCAUCUGUCCUCGACUUCAUCUUCAGCAAGCGCUUUGGCACGCGCAAGCUCAAGGCAGAUCUGGCACUAGGCACCGCCGAGAAACAAGAGCAGGGAAUGUGCCCAGUGACGCAGCGCAGAGGCGGCCAGUGCCCAAUGGGCAUGAGAAAAAGCAACAACACCAGCCGAGAGGGUGGGUCCAUUUUGGCGUCGAUAAUGACAAAGUGCCCGGUCACUAACCCUGUUGUCUGGGCCAUUACCGCCGGCGCCUGUGUGGCGUGGUACGGAUUGAAUCACCCCGAAAUUUUUAAGCGGGUGGGCGAUCUGGCAUUUGGUAAAUAAUAAAAUCAGCAAAUUAAAUGUUCAAAAAAAUUAUCGGCCAGCCUACUGUCUAUCGCAAAGUUGCGUUGCAAUAAAUACUUAAAAUAUACAGGAAAUGGUUGGGAUUUUGAAUGAAAUUAGUGCAUCAACUAAUGUCUGUACGGGUUAUAAAUGUGGCAGUUGAGGAUGCCGUGCUCUAUAAAAAUGGGGGUCUAAAUUAAUAUAUUUUAAGUCUCAAAAAUUACUUUUGGAACUGAAAAAA